AUGCGCCUGGUAGUGCUGGGUCUGCUAGCCAUCGGCAUCGGAGAAGUGUUUUCCUCUCCAGUACUGGGUGGCUGGGGUAAGCAUGAUGGGAACGGUUUGCUAGGGAAGGUGGCCAAUCUGUCGCACACAGUUUACGAGAAGAAGCGAGAGUUUCUGAACGGUGUUAACGAGAAGGUUUCGAGGAUGCUCUGGGUCCCACCAUGGUCAACAACAACGACGACGGUUCCGCCUGUGCCGAGCAGUACCACCGACGCUCCACGAGUGGCAGAUACUCCUAAUAUUUGGUGGUGGCAAACGUCCUCCAAGCCGGUGAAGUCGUUCACGUCCACCGAGCCAACGAUCACGCUACAAUCAACCACUUCCAAGGUCCAGCUGGAUGACGAUCGUCUUAUGUUCACCGUGGCGGAUACGAAUCAGCUUGAGCUACCCAACGUAUCGAUGUACGCAAGAAGCUACUUCAUUCCGGAGGAACUGCGACUGACGGAUUCGAAUGCGGUAGAGUUUGUUGCUCCUACAAUUUUCGGACGUGGACCUCCAGCAGCGCCUCAGGGCGAUCCGGACCGACUCAUUAUGCACUGACAGGUUGUUCAAUAAACACAAGUUUCAUUUACUCCCUAAUCAUAGUUGGUGAGCCACUGGCCGUUGUGUUCUCCUUCGAUUCACUUUCACUCGACUCAAACGAUAUUUCCAACGACGAUCGAGGAUCCGGUGUCGCGGUAAAUCCGGGCAGCGGGAGAACCGUCACGGUGACGGCAUGAUUGCAGCCAACUAAUCCCAGCUCCUCCAUUUCUUCCAUCUGAUCUACGG